UGGCACAACCCCUGUCUGCGCUGCAGCCAGUGUCAGUGCGAGCUGCAGACGCACCCGUCGCUGUACUGGAGGGACGGAAACAUCUACUGCCAGCAGGACUACUGCAGGAUGUUUGGAGGCGGUCAGUGUGCUCGCUGCUUCCAGCCAAUCCCAGCUUCUGAUUUGGUCAUGAGGUCUGGUGAGCUGACUUUCCAUCCUCACUGCUUCUCCUGCCAGGAGUGUGACGUGAAAUUAAUGCCGGGGAACUUGUACUGCAUGCAGGGCGCCAACCUCUACUGUCAGUCUCACUAUCAGAGUGACGGGGGCGUGCAGCCCCCCCCCGACCUGCAGCCCAAACAGCAUCUAGAUGCCCAGGUGUCAGGUGAGGGGGAGGAGUCUGUCAGCAGUCCAGAGCCACGAUCGGACGACAGGGCGGCAGGUGGGCGGAUCCCCCGGAGGACCAAGCGAAUCAGGACGUGCUUCCGCAGCGAGCAGCUCAGAGCGUUGGAGUCGUACUUUGCCCAGAAACACAACCCCGACGGUAAAGACUGGACCUGCCUCGCACACAAGACCGGCCUGCCCAAGAGAGUCCUGCAGGUGUGGUUUCAGAACGCUCGGGCCAAACUCCGCCGUUCCCUUCUCUCCGAUGACUCUCAGGUCAACUCGCCCUCUGCUCUUCCGAGAGCUGCCACCAUGGCAACCAGUCCCUCAUCCCCGACCUGCUCCCCGCCGGACCGAUCGCAGCCUUUUCCCACCAGCACCAUCGACCAGCUGCAGCUGUCCCUGCUCACCUCCCCGCUCAGCGAGCAGGUCAUCAGCCACCCCUCCCAGGAGCUGCUGCAAAGCCCCGACUUCUUCCCGGACUACGACUCCCAGAGCGCACCGGGGUGCAUGUCCACCCUGGAGGUCCACGGUGACUUUGGGGAGGCAGGAGGUGGAGAAGUUAGCGCUGAUGCUUUUGGUCCACAUUACUGUUAGUCAGUGAAAACACAGUAAAUACAUGUAGACGGAGUUCAAACUGUGACGAGCUGUCGGAUUUGUGA